CCCUCAGUCGUUCUUUCGCACAUGCGUUUUGUAAAGCAGCUCCUUUUUCAAGCAGGGAGAGAAAGUAGCCCUCGGAGGGGUUGUGAUCUGGGCGGUCUGGCGUGGGAAGAUGUGCGCCGCCAAAGAGUCCCAGCCUGGGGUCAGCCGCGGAGUGAAGAGAGCGGCUUCCCCGGACCUUGGAUCUAGCAGCUGGGAGGCAGCUGACUUGGGUAAUGAAGAAAGAAAGCAAAAGUUCUUGAGACUUAUGGGUGCUGGGAAGAAAGAACAUACUGGCCGCCUAGUUAUUGGAGACCACAGAUCAACUUCUCAUUUCAGAACAGGAGAAGAAGACAAGAAAAUGAAUGAUGAGCUUGAGACUCAGUUCCAGCAAAGUAUGGAUAGCACCAUGUCAGGAAGGAACCGGCGGCAUUGUGGACUUGGUUUCAGUGAGCUGGAGGAAGCUAAAGAACAGGAGGAUUCAAGAGAUUCCCUGGAGCCAGAAAGCUCAGAGGACUCUGAAAGUGAAUCUGACUCUGAGGACGAAGAUGCUGCAGAAGAGCAGCCAUCUGCUGAAAAGCACUCUGAGAAUCCUCAAACCAAGAAAGAUGCAAAAAGCAACUAUAAAAUGAUGUUUGUUAAAUCCAGUGGUACAUAGCUACAGAUCCAAUCAGCCUUGAAGUACAGUAAGCCUUAUGGUUACAGUGCAAAGUGUUGGACUGCUUACAGCACAGAGCUUUCUAUUAUGGUUUUAAUAAGCCCUUUUAGGAAAAGUUUAGUGUUUGCUUUCCCAGCAUCAUGAAAUAUUUUUCUCAGCAUGGCUGUAUCCAUUUUGUUUUGUAAGUAUAAAGAGGGGAGGGGUGGUAUUUCUCAACCUACUUUGACAUUAUUCUUCUGUCUCCCUUCUUAUUAUGGCUGUUGAACAUUUCUUAAGCUUGUUAAAAUGAUUUAUCGAAAUGAUACCUGGUAUCUUCAUCUGUGAUUUUUUUUCAAAGCAGCGUUCUGUUUGAGUUUUGAAUAAUGUGCAAUUAUUAAAAAUAAUAAUUGAU